AUGGAGGCGAACCAGCGCCCCGAGCCCCCCGAGCCCUUCGAGCCGCCCCCCACCCACAAGGCGCUGCCGCUGCCCCCUCCCCACUUCGAGUACCCCGCGCCGCCCCCCUUCGAGCGCGGCCCCCUCCCCAAGCACAAACCCGAGCCUUCCUCCUCCUCCUCCUCCUCCUCCCCCUCCCCCCACCCCAAAAAACCCGAGGGCGCCCUCGGGGGGGGUGGGGCAUCGUGGACCUGUCGGGCCACCAGCACCUUUUUGGGUCUGGGGGCGGCCUCAAGCGCGGCCCCGCGCCGCCCCCGGCGCCGCCCCCCCGAGGCCAAGGAGGAGCGCGGCUACUUCCGGCGGCUGCGGCUGCUGGUGGAGCGGCGCUUCGGCUGCGCCCGCGGGCCCCGGGCGGGGCCGGGCGGGGCCGAGGGGGCGCGGCCCUACGAGUGCCGCACCUGCGGCCGCGCCUACAGCCACGGCUCCAGCCUGGUGCGGCACCGGCGCUGCCACCGCGCCGACGGCCGCGAGCCGCGGGCGGGCGCGCCCGGCGGGGCCAGCGGGGUCAACGCGGUGGCCAGUGCGGUCAAUGCCAUGGCCAACGGGGUCAACUCAGCCAACGGGGUCAACGCGGCGCCCAACGGGGUCAACGUGGUGGGCAGUGGGGUCAAUGGGGUCAACGCGGCGCCCAACGGGGUCAAUGCCAUGGCCGGUGGGGUCAACACGGCCAACGGGGUCAACGCGGCGCCCAACGGGGUCAACGUGGUGACCACUGGGAUCAAUGGGGUCAACGCGUUGGCCAACGGGCUCAACGCGGCCAACGGGGUCAACGCGGCGGCCAACGGGGUCAACGUGGUGGCCAAAUCAACGUGGCACCCAGCAGGGUCAACACGGCACCCAUUGGGGUCGACGCGGCGGCCAAUGGGGGUCAACACAGCCAAUGGGGUCAACGCGGUGGCCAGUGGGGUCAACAGGGUCAACACAGCGCCCAACGGGGUCAAUGCUGUGGUCAGUGGGGUCAAUGCGGCCAGCGGGGUCAACGUGGCCCCCAAUGGGGUCAACACAGCGGCCAAUGGGGUCAACACGGUGGCCAGUGGGGUCAACGCGGCCACCGGGGUCAGCGCAGUGGCCAGUGGGGUCAAUCUAGUGGCCAGUGGGGUCAGCACAGCCAACGGGGUCAACGUGUCACCCAACGGGGUCAACGUGUUGGCCAGUGGGGUCAACGUGGUGACCAGCGCGGUCAGCACAGUGGCCAGCGGGGUCAACGGGAUCAACGUGGCACCCAGUGGGGUCAAUGCGGCCAGUGGGGUCACCCUGGCACCCAACGGGGUCAACGUGUUGGCCAACAUCAGCGGGGCCAACGCCCUGACCGUGGUGGCCAGCGGGGUGGGCGUGGUGGCCAACGUCAAUGCCACGCCCAGCGCCAUCAACGCGGCGGCGCCCGGCCGGCUCGGCGCCCUGCGCGGCACCGCCGGGGUCACCGUGGCCACCGCGGGGGUGGGCGUGGUGCCCACCGGGGUGGGCGUGGCCCCGGGGCUGGGCGUGGCGCCGGGGCUGGGCGUGGCCCCGGGGCUGGGCGUGGCGGCGCUGGUGGCGGGCGUGCCGGGCGCCGCGCCCGCCGCCGCGGCAGCGCCGGGCGCCGAGGGCCCGCUGCGGUGCGCGCUGUGCUGGAAGGCGUUCAAGAAGCCGAGCCACCUGGCGCAGCACCAGAUCAUCCACACGGGCGAGAAGCCCUUCGCCUGCGGCGCCUGCGGCCGCGCCUUCAACCGCCGCGAGAGCCUGACGCGGCACGAGCGCACCACGCACGCGGCGCCGGCGCGGCGCCUGCCCUGCGCCGUCUGCGGCAAGGAGUUCCGCCACGCCGCCUACCUGCUGCGGCACCAGCUGAGCCACGGCGCGCCGCGGCCCGCGCACCGCUGCGAGCUGUGCGGCAAGGCCUACGCCGCGCCGCAGAGCCUGCUGCGCCACCGCCGCGCCCACGGGGACGGGAACGGCGCCGGCAACGCCGGCAACAACGCCAGCAACGCCACGAGGAGCGCGGCACCGGGCGGCGGGCGCAGCUUCGGCUGCGGCGUGUGCGGGCGCGCCUUCGGGCGGCGCGAGACGCUGCGGCGGCACGAGCGCAUCCACACGGGCGAGAAGCCGCACGAGUGCGCCGUGUGCGGCAAGCGCUUCCGCGAGUCCUUCCACCUGCGCAAGCACCGCGUGGUGCACACCCGCGAGCGGCCCUACCGCUGCGAGCUCUGCGGCAAGGCCUUCGGCUACCCGCAGAGCCUCACGCGCCACCGGCAGCUGCACCGUGGUGCCGGUGAGGCGGCACCGGCGGCACCACCGGGCUGCGGCGCCUGCGGGCAGCGCCUCCCCGAGCGCCCGCGCGGCUGCGGCGCCUGCGGGCAGGUCUUCGGCUUCCUGGAGAACCUGGUGUGGCACCGCCUGGUGCGCCCGGCGCCGCCACCCGCCGGCAGCUCCGCUCACCGACGAGGCCGAGGAGCGCCAGCCGCUCCCCACUCCGGGCGCUUCGCCUGCGGCACCUGCGGGCGCAGCUUCAAGCGGUUCCUGGCGCUGGUGACGCACAAGUACGUGCACCUGGCGCGGCCGGCGCGGUGCCUGGCCUGCGGCCGCUGCUGCUCGGGCGCCCGGGAGCUGCUGCGGCACCGGCGGCGGCACCUGCGGCGGCGCCCGGCGCGCUGCGGCGCCUGCGGCCGGCGCUUCUGGGCCGCGGCGCUGCUGCGGCGGCACCGGCGCUGCUGCCGCGCCUUCCCCGGGGCGGCGGCGGUGCCGCGGCGGCGCCGGGCCGGGGCGCGCUGCCCGCUGUGCGCCAAGCGCUGCGCCCACGCCGCCGGGCUGGCCGAGCACCUGCGGCGGCACCGGGCGGCGCGGCCGCGGCGCUGCCGCACCUGCGGGGCCACGUUCCGCUUCCGCGGGAACCUGCUGGAGCACCGGCGGCGGCACCUGGGCGAGCGCGUGUACCGGUGCGAGAGGUGCGGUAAGAGCUUCUUCUACCUGGGCUCCAUCGCGCGGCACCUGCGCGGCCACGAGCGCCGGGCGCGCUGCCCGCGCUGCCGCAGGAGCUUCGCCCGCGCCGCGGCGCUGCGGCGGCACCGCUGCCGGGGCACGCCGGGGACACCGGGGACAGCGGGGACAGCGGGGGCGCAGUGAGGCCGGGACAGCCGGCACAGGUGUGGCACAGGUGUGGCGCAAGGUGUGGCACAGUUUGUGGCAGAAGGGGUCACACAGGUGUGGCACAGCUGGCACAGGUGUGGCACAAGGUGGGAAAGGGCAAAUUCUGACCCAAAACGGCUCCAAAAUGGCUGCAGUUGGUCAAUAAUGGAGCGGACGGGCGGUGACAGCGAGGCCGGGGCGUCCCUGGUGACGGACAGAGGGACACACGGACAGAUGGACGCCCGAGCCGAUGGACAGAUGGACACCUGGCCGAGGGAGAGAUGGACAGAUGGACACCUGGAGCCAUGGACACCUGGCCUGAUGGACAGAUGGACACUUAGGCUGACGGACAGAUGGACACCUGGACAGAUGGACACCUGUCUGAUGGACAGAUGGACACCUGGCCGAGGGAGAGAUGGACAGAUGGACACCUGGAGCCAUGGACACCUGGCCUGAUGGACGGAUGGACACUUAGGCUGACGGACAGAUGGACACCUGGCCCAAUGGACACCUGUCUGAUGGACAGAUGGACACCUGGACAGACGGACACCUGGGCACCUGGCCCGAUGGACAGACGGACACCGGGGCUCGGCCCCGCCCCCCAGCGGUGCCAGCUCCGCCCCCCCAAUCCCCGGGAGCUCUCGCAGCCGCCCCUCCCCCACCCCGGGAUGGGGGUCCUGCGGUGGGGGAGGGGCGGGGGGAGGGGCGGGGUGGGGGAGGGGCCGCGGCCGGGCUGUACGGGCGGAGCCGGAAGGUUCCGGAAAAAAAACGGUAAAAACCCAAAUAAAUCGGGAAAAAC